GUCAUCAUCGUCGUCGUCGUGGUCUUAUGCCUCUAUUCGAUUUGGGUUUAAAUUUCCAGUGCAGUUCUGGUCAUCCAUCCGCAGUGAGUGGUAUCGUGAAGUGUGUUUGUGUUCUCGUUCCGUAAAUCUUCUGUCUAAAGCCUGAACUGAAUUUUACUCGAAAGCCGAAAAUGAAUCAAUCCAUGGGAUUAGUGUAUGUUGUUGGAGCGGUGUUGUUGCUCUUGUCUGAUGUUAUCUUUUGUGGGCCAAUCCAAACUACCUUCAGUGACAAUUCCGUUUACUCGAAUGUUGAACCCUCAAGUGGUGAAGUAGAACAACAUCAUCUUCAUCAUCAGCAGCAGCAGUACCAACAGCAACCAUAUGAAUAUGGAGUGAAGGUAAGGGAGACUCAAUCCCAUUCCCAAUCACAGCACCAGCAUCAGCACCAGAACCAGAACCAGCAAGACCAGGAGGAUUACUUAAAGAUCAGUCUUCUCGAGCCCAAAGAUAAGAUAAGGGAGUCUGUUAAUUUGGAAUAUGAGGCUAUUCCUUCCAAAAUCCUCACCAAAUACGAUGUUGGCCACAAGAAUCUUGCCGAUUUAACCAAACCGGUUCCAGUUAUAGACACCAUAAGCGAGUCGGAUAAAUAUGGAAACAAUGGAGACCAAUUCGAUGGAAUCGCAAGGGCUAUUGUUAAUGGCUAUGAGGCGUUUUCAAAUUUGAUAAACAGGCUGAUUGGGAAACCCAAAGAAGUUGCAAGAUCAAUAUCUCGAGGCAUUACAACUCAACUUGAUGCUAUUGGUGGAAAACUAGUCGGACUUUAAGAAGAACUAUGAUAAUUUUGAAAUUAAUGUUUGUUUUCUUGUAAAUACCUGAUUUCCUUCACUUUUCAUUAUCUUUAUUGGUAAAUUAUUAUUUAUUUAAGAAAAUCUCUGCCGCAAAACUUGUUUUCGUUCUUAAGAAUACAACAAAUUUAAAAUUAAAGAAAAAUAAAUUUAGUACAUAUGGUUUUUUAA